AUGGGGAUACGUCAGGUUCAGGCGUCCGUCAUCCCACUCUACGGUUUCGACAACUCCGAGGAGGGCGUGCAGCUGAUGCUCGAAGCCUUCACCUGCUUUCAACAAGAUCCGGACAUCCAGGUCAACGCCGUAGCCAUCAAGGAUCUUCUUUCCCUGGAUGCGCAAGCACCGGCGGACAAGGCGAAGAGGAGGCUCAUCCAGAAGCCUCUCACCAAGUUCGUGAUGCUCGACCUGCUCCGGGCCCAAUUUGUGGAGUUCAGCAAGGCGCCCUUCCAGGCCGAUGUCAGGAAUCUGAAACACUGUGCCGACGUCAUCGCAGGUAGGGUGGCGCGAAAGGAGACCGCGGGAGGUAGCAGCGAGGAUCCGGAUGGUUAUUUUCACCUCAAGGGCCGUCGCGAGCUCGCAUUGAUCGUGCAACAGCUGCUGCUUCCAGAGUACGGGUUCGCCCCCACGAAGGAGGGGGUGCUGGACAUGAUCCGUCAUUGUGCGCAAUUUCUUGACGAUCCGGAGGUCCAGAAGCUCCUCGACCAGAUAAAUGAGAAGCUCGGGAUGUCCCCAGCAGCCUGCAAGCGCUUCCGCAAACUGCUGACGGCUUGA